AUGGAUAUUGAUGAACAGAAAAAUGAUGAAGAAAUUAUACAAGCAAAUGUAUUUUCUCUGAAUAUCAAGGAUUCUGAAGACCAGAAAUUCAAUAAUUUGAAUUUACCAGAGAACAUGAAGAUUGUAGAGUUCAAGCAAGGACUUAAUGAGACUUCAUUCAUCAUCCAAUCUCUCAAACUUCAUUUCAUAUUUUACAAUUUGAGUGAAGAAGAAUUAACUUAAGUAGCCAAUAAGAUGUUCUAUUGUGAAGCACAGUCUGGAACAUACCUCUUUAGACAAGGAGAUCAGGCUCAAUGCUUUUUUAUAAUCCACCGUGGGAGCAUGGGAGUGACCGUUGAUGAUAUCCCAAAACGAGAACUAAGAGCAGGUGAAGGCUUUGGAGAGUUGGCUUUGUUAUACACUUCUCCUAGAUCUGCAUCAGUAAAAUGCUUUGAGAAUUGUUUUCUCUUUGGAAUAGAUAGAGUGAGUUUUAGAAGAGCCGUGGAAGACAAAAUAUUAUAGGAAUAUGAGGAAAACAGGAAGUUCUUAGAAAAUGUUAGAUUUUUUUAUGAUCUUACAAAUGAAUAGAAGGAUGCCAUUGCCUCGAUCUUAAAAACACUUAAGUUUUAUAGAUAACAAAUGGUAGUUACUGAGGGAGAUCCCGGAUCCUCCUUCUAUAUAAUUAAAGAUGGGACUGCAAUGGUAACCAAGAAUGGAAAAGAAAUGAAGAAAUUACACAAGGGUGAUACCUUUGGUGAACAAUCACUAUUCUAUAAUACUAUGAGAUAGAUGUCUGUAAUGGCUGAAGAUGACGUAACUUGUUUGGUUGUUGGAAGAGAUGCAUUAACUAAAUUAUUAGGAGAUUAAAUCCAUAUUGUAACAUUUCGAAAUCUAUUGAAAUGGGCAUUUGAAAAGAAUGCCCUUUUGCAAAAAUUGACAAAGACUCAAAUUGAGAAGACUAUUAAUUAACUCAAAUUAACACUCUAUAGAGCUGGUGACAUAAUUAUGAAGAAAGGAACAUCAGUCUAAUAGAAGAUAAUUGUAGUAGUCGAAGGGUGUGUGAAGAAGAACAAGUCAGGUAUAGUGAUUGCAACGAAAGGAUAGGUAUGGGGAGAAGAAUACUUUCUCAUUAUUAAUAAAAACAAAUUAUUGGAUGAUGAUAUUGUGAUGGAAACAGAUGGAGUAUUGGCAGAGAUGAGUCAUGAAAAUUUCAUUGAUUCUAUAGGAGGAUUCCUAGAAGAAGUCAUUAAAAAGAAUGAAAAGUCUCAAGACAAGAAACUGAAAUCUCAGAUUAAAUAGAAUAAUUAUUAAUCCAUUAAGAAAUCAGAUUUGAUUUUUAUUAAGCAAUUAGCUGUUGGUCAAUUUGGACCUGUCUAUCUAGUUAAAGCCAAAUCCAAUCAGCAACUCUUCACUUUAAAAACCUAUAACAAGUCAGAUAUUAAAUCAUAUCAAUUGGAAAGGUUUUUUGAAACAGAAAAGUAAAUACUUGAAUCCUUGCAAUCCCCUUUCAUUAUUAAAUUUUAUAGAACUUUCCAGGAUGAUUAUGAUCUGUUCCUACUCCUCGAAUUUGUCAAUGGCAAAGAAUUAUAUGAUGUAAUUCGUGACAUUGGGUUGCUCUCUAGUUAUGAUUCUUAAUUGUAUAUUGCAUCCAUGAUAUUAAUUGUCGAAUCCUUUUACAAAUCAAAAAUAAUACACCGUGACAUUAAACCUGAAAAUUUCAUGGUAGAUUCCAAAGGAUACUUAAAAUUAAUUGAUGUUGGAAUUGCAAAGCCAUUCUCUUCAAAAUCUGAACUUAAUAGAACUUUUACAAUAAUUGGAACUCCGUAUUACAUGGCACCUGAAGUGAUUUGUGGCAAAGGGUACAAUAAUCUAGUGGAUUUAUGGUCUAUUGGGAUUUGCUUAUUUGAAUUCCUCUGUGGAUAUGUACCAUUUGGAGAAGAUGCUGAAGAUCCAUAUGAAAUUUACGAGUAGAUAAUUAAGAAUGAUAUCAUAUACCCCCAGUAUUUCAAAGAGAAGAAGGCCAAAAAGCUAAUAGAAUAGUUGCUUUCAAGAAUUCCAGAAGUGAGAUUAGGAAAUUCCUUUGCAAACCUGAAAGGACAUCAAUGGUUUGAAAACUUUGAUUGGGAUAAAUUAAUAGAUUAAGAUAUUCCUAAUCGAUAUAUUCCUAAUUAAGAUUAAUUGAUUACUAAUGUAGAUAUAAAACAAGCUGAUUAACAGUAUAGAAUGGUAGAUGAAGAAAUCAAACAUGAACAACAAUCACGUCAAACACUAGAAAAGAUAGUAUUUGAUGGACCAUUAAAUGAUUUUUGA